UAUAAAUAGUUGCACACAAUAUAAGUGCGUAAAUAUGUUUAAUCUGUACGCGAGUUGGGACAGCUAUGAGGCCGACGAAGACGUGCCCAAUGAUGGCGACCAAUCCAUAACUUUGGCAGCAUUUCGUCGAAAUGUUGAUACAAACGAAUCGCUUCGAAAGAUCCAGCGCUCGCUGUCUCACAACUCUUGUAAAGAUGUAAAUGAGACGAAAGGAGACGAUGUGGAGGCCAGUCUUGAGAUCCAACGGCAAGACAUACCGGCCGUUGAGAUAACGAAUGCGUUCUACAGUUACGGCAAAAAGAAGAAAGUUGUGAACGCUUUGCAAGGAAUCAAUUUGACUGUUCCCGAGGGCGCGAUUUAUGGACUCUUAGGCCCGAGUGGUUGUGGAAAGACAUCUCUACUCCGA